AUGAAGCACAGCAGCAAGCGCAGGCGCACAGACGACGGCGGCCAAAAGGCUCAAAAAACCGAGCGCGCCGUCGAGCCGCGCGCCGCGGCCGUCGCAGCCGGCCCCGGUGCCGCAGCAGACACGGUGGGCCCGGCCAUCAAUCCAGCAAAGGCAGCGAAAGCCGCUGCGCGCGCAGCCAAGGCUAUCGAGGCGGCGGCCAGGGCGGCCCGGAAAGCAGACAAGGCCGCAGCGAAGGCAGCUGCCGAGCAGCUGGCCAAGCGGCGAGCAAAGGCGCUCAAGCUAGAGGCCAAGCUUGCGGCGGCGGGCGACCCCAGCAAGCGCGCCGCACUGCAGGCAAAGCUGUCGGCGGUGCUCUCGAAGGUGGGGGCUGCGGCGGCAGCCGCCACCGCUGCCGCGGCGGCGCCGGCUGCGGCGGCGCCGGCCCAGGCCCUGAAGCGGCAGCGGCAGGCACCCGGCGACCCAACCCCAGCAUUGGCGCAAGAGCGCCGGUCGCAGCCGCAGGCGCAGCCGCGGCCUUUGGUGUUUGCCAGGCCAUCCGCGCCCUCCGGCGCCAUCGGCGGCGUGAAGCUCACGGCCGAGGAGCGGGCGCGCCGCGCCCAGCGCUCGCAGCGCUUCGCGCCCGAGAUCGCGCAGCAGAGGGGCGCGCUCCUGCAGGGCGCGGGCGGCGGCGCGGGCGGCGCCGCGGACGACGGGGAGGGGGUGGGGCAGCUGAGGCUGGGCGGGGAGGGCACGUGCCUGAGCCUGGAGAAGGAGUACCUCCGCCUGACGCGGCUGCCGCUGGCCAGCGAGGGUGUCGCAGACGGCCUCGCAGUUGAUGUCUACGAGACUCACGGCCGCGUGGCCCUCGAGACCGGCGACACUGCGGAGUUCCGCCAGUGCCUGGCGGUGUUGCGGCGCCUGUACGCCAAGGGGCCGUGUCCCAAGCAUCGGUAUUCGAACGUCCUUCCAUGCGGCCGCACCUGA